AUGUUUCAGAAAUUCCUGUCGGACAUCCUGAACAAAGUGCUGGGGAACUUCAUCUACGGGAUAAAUGACGAGCAGUUCGGGAUAAGCGACCUGCUGAGCGGAAAGCUGGAGCUAACGAACAUCCACCUUAAGCAGUCCAUUGUGGAUCUGAUUGACAUCCCCUGUAGGUUAAACUUUGGGUGCAUUGGGUAUUUCAAAAUUAAUUUGCCCCUUUUCUAUUUCAUGAAGAACCCCAUCAAUGUGUACAUAGAAGAUGUGAUCCUAGUGCUGUCAACCAUCCCGCCAAAAUAUUUCGACGACAAAUUGUACAAGGAGAAAUACAUAGAAAAUAAAAAAAACUCAUUGCUAUCGUCAGAGUACAGAGCGAUUGUCUGCUCCAUCGAAGGGGGGGUCAUCUGGCAAAUGCUGCUCUCCGCAAUUAAUAAUAUAAACAUUUCAGUGAAAAAUGUACACAUACGGAUAGAAGAUUUCACGAGCAACCCUUCCACUUGUUUUUCCUUUGGAGUCAGCGUCGAGGAAUUGUUCCUAAGCUUACCAAAAGAUGGCUUGCCCUUCAAGAGGGACGGCUAUUACACCAAAAAAAAUGAACUUGUUAAUAACACCAUGAUAAAUAUGAUAACGAUUAAAAAAUUGGGCUUCUACAUGGACUACCUGGACAUGAAAAAAAUUAUGAACAAAAAGUACCACACACAAUGGGAUAAUUUAUACAUGAACGAUUUUAGCUCCUUCGAUGUUGGCUCCCACCAGGGGAAAGAACACACCAUGACAAGGGGGAAAAGAAAAAAAAGGAAAAAAAAGGGUCACAAAAAGGGGGGGAAACACCCAAAUAAUGCUACACACAAACGCAGAGACAAAGGGGAACACAUGAAGAAAGUGAAAAAUAUCAAAUCGAAUGAGGAAAACUUGAAGGACUUCCAAAAUAUUAUUAAAAGUGUUAAGAACAGCUUCUCAGAAACGAGGAGGAACGAAUUGGAUGUAAAAAGUAUGAGCAAAUUUAAUCAAAAAAUUCACCAAAUUAAUGAACAAAUAUUACGAAACGAUCGGGAGGAUCUUAAAAAAUCGACUGGUGGUCCCAUUAUUGAGGGAAGCCUGACAGACACCAAUGGUGAUCACGCUGGUAACUGCUUGGGGAAGAAGGAUGGGAAGUGCUCCCUAUCUAUUAGCAACUUUUACAACUUUAACCUUUUCUCCAAAAGGGAGGAAAAAAUACUGCCAGUUAUGCACAACCUAGGCAUCGACAAUGACGUCAGCUGGGUUGCCUGCAUCACCAAAUUUGCAGAGAGUCUAGAAAAUCCAGUUCUCAAAGGGAAGAAAAACGAAAUGAUCAACCGGAAACGGAAAAGGGACGACUUCGUCUUACAUGGCGAAGAGAGGAAGAAUCAACAGGUGAAUAUCCACUCCCCAGUCAAGCACCCAUCAGGGGAUGCCAAGGAGGAAGGCCCAAACUACCUCAACAAAGCGGUGUCCUUUUUCUCCCUAAACUCGUUCACCAACGUUAUUAAUAAAACGUUGAUAAGUCGAGGCGGCAACAAAGGCAGUGAUGACGUGGUGAGCCCCGCCAAGGAGCACAUCCUCAGCGAUGGGUACUUCACCACCAAGGAGAAUGGCUCCGACCAAGAGUCCGUCGGUGGGAAUGGCCACCCGGGUAGGGACCCCUCAAAUGGUGGUGAUUCCCCUUUGAGAGAUGUGAAGAAGCAGAAGAGGUACGUACGUGUGCAAAAUAGGAGAACAGCUGGCGGAGCGAACAAGUACCACGAUGUGGUAGACGAUUGUAAGGAAAUUCCAGACGGGGGGGAAAGCUCCCCCUUUUUCGCAAAUCGAGAGAGUACAGCCUAUCUCAACUUUGCGAGUGACCCGGAAAGGACAACCAGCAGGGGAAAGCGCGGUGGAAUGAAGAGACUCGGAAGUAGACAGCGCAACAACCAACCGCUCGUCGCAUCCGAAUCAGAAUCGCAAUUCGAGAAGGAGGAAAAAUUCACAAAGUAUGUAAAAAAAAACGAAAUAAAAGAAAAAAUACGAACGAGAAAAAGAAAAAAAAUACAAUCAGUGUACCUAAUGUACGAGAAAACAUACAAAAUAAGCAAAGACAAAUUGAACACUUUUUACCUCUUUUUACAACUUAUAAAAAAUAUAAAACAUGAGUAUAUAAUAAAUCCGAAUUGCUUUGAAGGGUAUGGUGAAAUUUAUCUCAGCUUGAUUCCUACUGACCAUGGGCGGCUCCCCUUUGCCCGCUGCUUCUCCAGCUGGGGCAUACAAAGGAGAAGCGAAAAGGAGUUCGAAGAGUGCCUGCCCAAGCUAAGCGUCUUCAUCACCUUGAAGAAUAUAAAAAUAAUUUUUUCCGAUAAGCAAAUUUUAAAUUUCGUCAAGUGGAUAAACCUAAAUUUUAUAACGUACGCUGUUUGGAAGGCGGGAAUUCUCUCCCAGUUUGAGAAGGCAAAGGCGGACCAUGAAGACGAAAUUGCCUACAUAAACAAGUGGGUUUUGAAGCUCCUAGACACGCACACCUCCAAGGAGGAGAAGCUCGAUGCAGAGAGAUUCUGCGAGCAGUUCGAAAAUGAGCACUCCAUAAAUAUUAUUAACUUGCUGAGGAGUAAGGCCUUCUGCAAGCUGCAGGAGUUCAGGAAGGAGGUGGAGUUGCGGGGCGGCACCACGGGGGAGGACCCAAAGGACCUUCCAAACAGGGGUGACAACGUGGGGGAGGCGCGCAUCCGCUCCAACACUGAUGAAGGGGAGAGGGGCGAUGGAACGGAGAAGAGCGGUCGAACGGAUAAGGCCGCCCCAUAUUGCGGCCAAACAGCCAGCGGCGCAGACGAUACGGAUAACCAACUGAAGCAAGUGGCCAACGAGAGCAUUCACGUGCUGAAACUUUUAAUGAAAAAUCAAAAGGUGUACAAUAAAAUUAAAAACUCCUUCCGGGAAAAAAUAUUCACCAUAGACAUUUGCAUAGACAUCUGCAUCAUUAACAGCACCUGCCUGCUGACGGUCGAAACGAGUAACCGAGUAAACACCAGAACGGUGAACUUCGUCAAAACGUACGCCCUCCUCAUGCAGUGCAUUCAUUAUCAUAACCAAAUAUCAAACACACACGAAUUGAAAAACUCCAUAGAUUUGGAGCUCUACCCCCUGACGUUACUCCUCGUGGUUAAAAAUUUAGACAACAAGUACAUCAAGCCGGACAUAAACGUUCUGUACAUUCUGACCAAUGCAGGUAAGAAGGACAAUUACGAAAGUUACCACAAGAAAUUUCUCUUCAACGUGAAUAAUUUCGAGUUUUUAAAAAAGUACAACAUAUUGAAGAGGGAUAACAACCGUAAUGAUGAUUACCCAAAAUCGAGGGAUCAAAGUGAGACCUUAAACUUUGGGAGCUUAAGACAGAAGCUCAAAUUUUUGGUGGAAGAUAACUUUUUCUUUUUCCCAAAAAGGGAGAGUAACAUCUACUGCAGUGAGUUAAAUAAUAUCGUCCUGUCCGAUCCGUCCAUUUACCUCAGAUAUGAUAAUCAGUCCUACACCAUUUUGGAGAAGCCAGACCAUAGACUCUUUUUGCAUAACUGCGCCGAUUCGAUAUUUAAUAUAAACGGAGAAAUCGUUAACUCCUUUAUUGAUGACUAUUUUCACUUUUCGGACGUCAGGGAAGUUCUCUCCAAGAAGAAACAAGAAACGGUCUCUUUUAAGAAGAAGGAAUAUUUUUUACAACUGGGCGCUAGGUACUGUAACGAUAUUUUAGACAACUACACUACGCACACGAAUCUUUUUCUUGAUGUGGAACUUGAGAAGGUACUCUCCUUUGUCAUUACCAAAUCUGGAAAGGCGUCGGAGGUGCAAGGCUACAGCUUGAAUUUGAAUCCCGUCAAAAUUGUUACGCAGUUAACGCAGCGAAUGGCAUCUUACGAUGAGGCGGCUACCAACAAAAAUGUGUAUGACUCCUUCUUCGUGCAGUUUGAUGGGAUAAAGGUCAGACGGAUUUUAAACUGGGACCACGCGGCUAGGAAUUAUAAAACAUACUUGGAUGAGAACUUUAUCAGGCCCUACCGCAAUUUAUUUCAUGCGAAGGGUAAAGUUUACUUUGCGGGGGAGAAGGGCGCCCGGGACAAAUUUUCCUUCAACCUGAAUGGGGCGAACCGUGUAGGUGGUAAUUCCCACAGGGGAAACCACGCAGAUGGCAAUUCCCACAGGGGAAGUACCCCCGCAUCGGAUGGAGAAGCAGGAGGAAGUGAUACCAGCAGCCAGUGCCACACUUCCCAAAGCAGCAACAAUGAGCAGAGACCCCCCCCUGAUUGCGCACAACACAACGACGGUAGUGAUGACAACCAGUACAACUACACUGAUGAAAAAAAAAAAUCCGAAAUUUUUAACUUAAAAAGAAAUGAAAACCACCCCGAUAGUGAAUAUCCCUCUCUUGAAAAUUACAAACAGAGGAGUAACAAAUUUUUAAGAUCCACCAGCUGUCCAGCGGUCAAAAACGGGAAGAAUGCUUCCAUGGCGCGGGCUCACCUGGAUGGGGAAAAGAGCAACCUCAAAGGAGCGUCCUACGACGUUAGCAACCUCAAAGGGACCUACUGUAUGGACAAAAGGUACAGCGCCUUUUUUUUUAAAACGUGUGCAAAUGAGUACCAAGAGGAGGAGGAAAUUCUGGAGAACCGCAGCUUCCUCGACAUGUACAAAAAAUCGUGGAACGACGCCGCGCAGGGGGAUAAAGACAUGCAAAAAGGAUACUCCUACUGUAACGAAGAAAGGGUAAACUACGACAAGUGCGACGAUAAAGCCUCCAAUUAUGUUUUCUCCAUGAGCGAAAAGGCCUCCUGCACCGUCCACCUGUGCCACUUAAAAUUUAAUCCGACGUUCCCCAUGUUUAUUAUGAAGCUUAACGAAGAAAAUCUGUAUAUCAAUAUUUGCGAUUACGACAUGGAGUUUUUUUUUCUCAUCUUCUCCUACAUUUAUGGGCACUACAACACACAACAGAUGGAAAAUAAAAAAAGAAAUAUUUUUUUCCUAAAAAAGAAAAUUAAGUCCAUGUGCAAAUUGAACCAAAAAUAUUAUAAGGCCUAUACCAAUGUGCACAAGGACAAUAUGGUGGCUCCUUUGCUUGGAAAAUCUGGUGCCGGGUCGGUGCACCUCAAGCGAAGGCACCCUAGCAGAGGGAAGGAGACACACGAAAUGGCCGCAAAGACCGCAAAGACCGCAAAGACCGCAAAGACCGCAAAGACCGCAAAGACCGCAAAGACCGCAAAGACCGCAAAGACCGCAAAGACCGCAAAGGCCGCAAACAGUCCUGCCGCGCCUUCUAUCCCCAGUGAAAAAGCUAAAAGGAGAAGGAAAAAGCUCAAAGCGGGGAAGUCCGACCAGAGGGACGCCACCAUGGAUGGCGAAAAGAAGAAAAAAAAAAAAAGAAGCGACAAAAGUGAUACAUGUGACAAAGGUGACAAAAGUGGCAAUUGUGACAAAGGUGGAUACCCACUUCGGAAAAAAAAGUCAACCGUCUUCAAAUUUCCGCCUUAUAGGAAGGGCCGAACGGCGGACGUGUUAAGAAGCCCCAGUAAGGGACCCCCCCUUGCGGGCAAAUAUGGCCGACACAGGAGGGACACCCUCGUCGGGUACCUAAGUGAUAGCCACGUGAGAACCACACAGGAGUUGUCCAUCUCGGAAUUGAGAGCCGAUUUGGCUGGGAUUUUUGGCCAAGGUGGGUAUCAUGGCGGGUUGGAGAAACACUGUAACUAUUUCGUUACAGAAGCGCGCAUGGGAAAAGGAGAUCCCCAUUUGGGGGGCAGCAUCGGCGAAAAGGGCAUCAACCUGGGGGACGCAGAGGGGAAGACCAAAGGGACGACCAAAUGUGACCAAGCGGGUGUGCAAAAGGGAAGCCAAUUGGGAGGCUCCUUCACAAUGUUAAGUGAACAAUCGGACGCGUCCUCCCUCUUGUGGAAUGGCAAAAAUAUGACCGAGGUGAGGAGUUACCGCGACAGUGGCGCCUCUUCUCCCAUCGAGGAGGAGAACCCAGGGGAGGGGGAAAAAGGCGAAUUGGAAAAGGUUAAAAGAAAGAGGCAUAAAAAGUGGGAAAAAAAGCGGGAACAAAAGUGGGAAAAAAAGUGGGAAGCUAACCAGGUGGAACGAACGGACCACCCCUGCAACGGUGAGGACCUCCGCACAGACGUCUCGUCAGACGACUCCUGGGUGGACCUGCUCGAAAACUACGACAGUGACGAAUCGCUAGAUGACAAUGAAAAAACAAAAGUGAAGAAAAUGCUAAUCGAUAUAGAGAACAUUAAAAAAAGGCUAGCGCAUAACAAUUUCAGCAUUACGUGCAGCUUUUCCCUCUCUAUCAAAAAAAUAUUUAUCCGCUUCUGGAAAAGGAAGAGCCCCCUAAAGAGAAGAAACAAAUCCAACGGGUUUAGGAGUCUUAACACAUUUCAGUUAGCAGAAAAUGGAGACAACUCGGAGAAUAAAGUUUCUUCCAUCUUGGGUAGGGGAAAAAAUAGGGCCAAACUGACUAGUACCCCGGAUGAACACAUAACCGUCGAAGGGGAAGGAGACACGCUUCACAAUUUGACCAGCACGUUAAGAGAACACGAAAUGAACGCCUUCCAAAGGAAAGACAGAAGCAACGUCACGAUGGAGGAACCCAAAGAUGACCUAUUUUGCAACAAAAACUUCAUCGCACUUAACGAAAAUAUGCAAAAAAACAUGUUCAACAGUAUGCAGUAUGCCAUUCCGCUGUGCACCUUCAUUUUUUCUGAUAUAUUUUUUGUUGCAAAAGUGGAGAAAAAUAACUUCACCUACAUUUUAUACUCUAUGAAUGGGGUGGACGUGCGGGACGAGACGAACAUCACGCUGCUCAGCAUGAGCUCCAUUUAUCACAGCGACUUGAAGGUUGUCGACCGUAGUGGGUUAGGCGACGACAGGGCGGAGUGCAUCUACGGGGGGAAGUCUCGCAGCGGGGAGAAGUUCCCAAAUGGGGAGAGGCUUCCUAAUGGGGAGAGGCCCCCCCGUUCCGGGAAACCACGCAAGCUGCUGAAAGGGGCGAGCGGGGCCAGGGGGGACCCCCCGAAGAGCAGCGACAUGAUCGAAACGGAGGACACCUUUCUGGACUACUCCAUAAGCAACAUCGAUUUGCCGGACCUCGAAAAGACGCACCUGGUGCUGCUCUACUUUGGCUACCUAUUCAAGAACAACCACACCUUCAAAUUUAUAUUAAACAGGACAAAGGUGAAGAUAUUUUGGGAAAUCGUUGAUGAGUUCCUAACGUGGGUUCUAAGCGUUAAUGAGUUGCUGCCCCAGAUGAACACAAUUGACGAGGGCAUCCACCGAAAACUUGACGAAAGUGAAGACGUCCAUUUGGACUACCUGCAAAAGGUCCAACACAUAAACUACGACGUUCUCUCCAUUAAGCAUAGCAACACAAUUGUCUCUGGGAAAGGCACCUACAAAAUUGCGGUGGACAGUUUGGUUAACCGAUACAGUGUUAUGUUCCAGUGCAACGAAAUGGGGAGCAGCCCCAAUGGGGAGGUAACCUACACCGACGCGGGGGAUGACCCAACAGAGAAAUACUACCUCAUAACAGACGACAAAUCGAUAUGUUGCGACCAGUACAACACAAUCAUCAUUGAAAAUCAGGAGGGCAUUAACACCACUUUGAAGGAAAUCCUAUUUCACGAAAACUACUUUUUUAAUUAUACCUUUAACAAAAUAAAUAAAAAAAAAAACGUCGAAAAGAUUUUAACUUCCGACAGUGUAAAGGGUGAUCUCCACAGAGGGAAGCAAUUUCCCCACAGUGGGUCCCACUCUAUGAUGCGAGGCAGUAGCUCCAAAUGGUCCCCCACAAAUGAGCAGCUACUACUACCGCAGAAGAAUUACCCCGUUGACUGUCACGCUGAUAGUACGCAAAGAGGAAGCAUACCAUUUGGCCAUUGGGACCAACUAAACAGCUGCCAGAAUUGCCUCCACUCAAAAAAUCUAAACUACACUGCCUACACAAAGGAAGUUUGUAAAAGCAAAGCAUAUCCCUACGUGCAUGUAGACAUCGAAAUUAAUUAUUUCGAAUUUUGGGUAGCUUUAGACCCUGUUAGGGUUCCGCAGAAAAGGAAAAAUUCCUACCUGCUGAGCGAGGAGGCCAUUAAGGCAUAUCCCAACGGAGGGAAAAAAAUGAAAAGGAGACAAACGAGGAAGACAAGUGCGGCCGAUAAAGCGAACGAAUGGAAAAAAAAAACGAUUAGCAGCCGCAGGAGGAAGGAAGCUGCCCGGGGGAAAAAAAAACGCAAGGGGAGCGAUCCCCACAAUCGUUACGAGCUGGAGGGGGGCGGAUCCCCCCCCUAUGGAGAAUACCCAUGUGGAGAGUACCCCGAUGGGGAACACCCCAAUGACAAACGUGAGAACCAUCAAGGGGGGGAGAGAAAAACGGGCGGGUUCAAAUUUCGCGAAAAAAUGAAGUGGUGCAAAGGCGCCAACAUCGACAAGCCCUACGUUUUGGCCACGAAGGGGUGCCUCAAGUCUGUGAUUUUUUUUUUGCUCUACAAGGAGAGUUUAGAAGCGGGGGGGAAGGAAAGGGAAGCCGCGCGGGGCCGUAACGGUGGUGAUGAUUUCGGUGGUGGUGGCAACCGCGGUGGUGGUGACGAUUCCUCUUCGCAGGCACCCUGGCUAGGGGACACCCCCAGCAGGGAGUUCGCCCGAAGGAGCCAAACGAUCAGCAACAACUCGAGCAACCCGGAAAGGAAAGAUAACCCCAAUGAGCAAAUGGAGGCACUAAAAAUCCGAGUGAUGGACGCGCUGGGCCAUUCCAAUUUGAACAAAGUACUAGACGCAAACGACUUCGUGAGAAGCAGAUUCAUGCAGCUGAUUAGCCAAAUGUCAUCAUACCUCCCCUGCAUCCUAAAUAUGAAUAUAUUUCUCUCCCAAAUUACGAGUGCAAUCAGCAGACCAGUCACAAAAAGCCCCUUCCUCAGGGCCUACAUCGACUGGAACAACGUACCGUACAAUAACAUCCUCCUACAGCCAUGCAGAGUGAACCUAAAUUUCGAAAUGAAAAUUUCAAGCCCAGAAAUAUUGAUAGAAAGAUGUUUAGGAAUAAAUAAAAUAACGAGUAUAAAAAUUGCACAGAAGGAUAGCCUACUAGUGCAAAACGAAGUGGAAGGGAUAGACGUCAACUGCUCCUUCGAACCCAUCAUUCUGAAUGUAGAUUCUAACGCGCUAACGCUACUCAACCAGCUAUGCAACAUAGUAUUUGACUUUUCAACCUACUUCAUAGAGUUGUGCUCAUCAAAGGAGAAGGAAGAGGAAGAGGACUUCCUCCUAAGAGUUACAUCCACGAACGAUCAUUUUUUCAACCAAUCAACUGAGCUAAUGCUCAGUGAUAGCUUCUAUUUCAAUGUGAUGGAUACUUCCACAAGUGCCAUGUCUAGUGAGUAUUCGCUGAGUGACUCGGAGGUACCCCUUUCGAAUCGCCACCAGUUGGAAGAAGAAAUCCGCUCCUUCAAGAAAGACGAACUGAGCAGAUUAUUCGUCAGCUUUUGUCUCUCCCCUAGAGGUGAAAUUCACUCUAAUCGAUUCCGUCGAGUGAAAUCCGCUGGAGGGGGUAACCCCAAAGGGGUAAAAACCUUUCGAACCAUAAAAAGUGUCAUAGCUAGCCAAAAUGAAAAGAAUCGAUUUGACCUACCGGACGGUGAACACCUAUUUAGACACAACUCGGGGAAGCACAUCGUAAAAAAGGAUGACGCGAACUUCCCGCAGAGGGAUUCUCACGAAAGGGCUAAGAGUCAGGUGGAUUACCCGUUAGACUCCAACACACUCAACAUGCUGAUGAUGAAUUUUGUGGAAAAUAUCAAAAUGAACUGCAACGUCAAUUUCGAUGUGAUCAUUUUGCAAGUGUGGGACUCGAACACGGCCUACAAUAGGUGCUCUCUAAAUUUCGUCAUCGAGUAUUUUGCCUUCCAUUUGUACUCCCUAAACGUUUAUGAGCAGGGUGGGGUAAGCGGCGGAGGAAGCGGCGGAGGAAGCGGCGGAGUAGCGGGAGGGGCGGAUUCCCAGUUGCUGGAUGACCGAGGGGACCUCUCCCCCGGGAGAAGUGGAAAGGGUGGCAUGACGACGCACUGCCUGGGGGACGAAAUGAGUUUCGAAGGGGACAUCCCCUUGGGCAGCAGCGUGGAGGUCUCUCCCUACGGUUUAGGCAAAAUUGGCAGAGGGAAGAAUGCCCAGUUGGACGGGGCAUCAUAUGGGGAGCUGUACUCACGUGAGAACUCGCACAGAGCGUGGGGGAGAAGUGGCGAAACGGCGUCAGCUUCCACCCCGCCUGAGUUGAAACGCCCAAAUGAGAACAAAAGUGAAAUAUACCUGUGUAGCAAAACUGAUGAGCAGAGUGACCAUCGGAGGGGGAGCAACAUGACCAGGGUGAUGGACGACAUCGCCAAUGCUAUGAGCGCACAGGGGGGGGAAGCUCCCCCAGAUGGAGCCACAGAAAACCAUUUGAAAAAGGACUUGCCGAACUGGAACGGGUGCAGAGAAGAAGCGGGAGCGACUCCCAGCAGGGGGGAACACAAGGGGUGGAGAAAAUUAUUCGAUAGGAGUAACUUCGCAAAGAACAUCGAGCAGUUCAACGUGGAAGUAAAGAAAAUAUUCCAGAGGGUAUUUCUAAAGAAAAAGGAAACGGAAGUGGAUCACAUGGGCCCAGUGGACCGACUAGACCGACUGAACCGCCCCAACCCUAUGGAGAGCGCCGCAAAGCACACCUCCCCGAAAUUAAAAAACGAAAAUAAAAAAUACCAAAACGGAAAUGAAAUCUUCAUGAACAACGAGUACAUAUUUACAGACAUACACAAUUACAAGGAAAAUAAAAAGAGCAAAAAUGUGGAGUGCAAAGUAGAAUUUCUGGUGUACUGUGAAAAUUUCAACAAGAAGGAAAAUUCCUACCAAACAUUUGUCGAACCUGUGCGCGUAGAAAUUAUAGCCGUGAAAAAGGACCUAACGUCUCCCAUACAUUUGUACUAUUACUUCUCCUGGCUGAACAUCAACUUCAAUUUUAACUUUCUGGAUAAUAUCCUCUCCCUCUGCUGCAGUGUCAUUUUUUCCAUCAUAACGCAGAGGACGCGGCUGCUGCUGGGGAGGCACAUAAACGAGAUAGACAAGAAGAGGAACAUGAAGAAACUUCCCCAGGGGGGAAAAAACGAUAAAAAUGAAGAAGUCUCUUCCAAAAAUGUGCAUACAAAUAAUGUGAUGUACCAAAAAGAAUAUGAAGACAAUAACACGGAGAAGAAAAACGUCAGCGAAAUGGAUGACACGCACACAUCCAUGUGUUGGCUAAAGUGCUACGACGUCAUGCAUGAUGAGCAGUAUGAGGAUGUUCCUCUGCUGACAAAUGAUCAUAUCCUCUUCAGGUACAACCGAUUUGACGUCCUAAAUAGUGUAAAUCGAUCCCUAGACACGUACAUCUUUGGAGAGUUCAUUUUGGAAAAGCUCCUAAGAAAUUACCAGUACUCCUGCCAGUACCCAGGGGAUUAUCUAGCCAAAUAUGAAAACGAAUUUAAUGUGGAUAAGACCAAUUCCGCCUCGGAGCAGAUGCUUCACAUUAAAUUGUUUAACUACAUUAAGAGGAAGAAGAGACUCGAAAUGAAUAACAUUUGCAAGAUUAAUAAUCUGCUUGGUCAGCCUAUUGCCAUAUGCACCAUACAGGAGAAGAACGAUUUGUGCUACGAGGACGGGGAGGGUCUCCAUUCGGAGGUAGGCAGGAACUCCUUCGGGGGGGUACACCAUGGCGAUGAUAAGCAGAGCAUCCUCCUGUCCACCAUCGAUAGGCUAUCAAAGAAGAAGUUCAUGAGAAGUGCACUUAACCGACACGCCGCUUUGCCAAAGGAGGGGGUGGCAACCAAGCGAAGAAGCAGGAAUGAUCGCUCACCAGAUGAAGAAAAAAACGAUUCCUCUUCCGAGCAGAAUUACAUAAACGGGGAGCACUCAGACACGUCCACCACGCACAGCAGCAAUGCACUCAAGUACCAGUGGAAAAUUAUAAGCAAUAACGAAUCGCUCGAUUUGCCCACGCACGAAAAUGGAAAGGUGAAAUUUUUUCUAAUCAGAUUUAGGCUACUUAAUUAUAUCUAUGACAUCCCAUCAAGCAUACUCAACACGGGUAGCGAAAAUGAGGACAUCAUCCGGCUGGUCAUUCCGGAGAGGAGACUACCUCCAAAUAUAAACGCACAGGUGGAGGAAGAGCUAUACAAUGAGCAGCUCCUAGAAAUGGAAAACUUAUCCAUUGAGAGCAAUUACCAUACUGUAUAUCCCUCCAACUACACCUCGAAGAGGUAUACUAACACAAAUAAAGAAGAGGUGUGGAAGCCUGCGAACAUUCCACAACCACGCAAUCAUUUGUUUAUCUUUUUCCGAACAAGUAGCCGAAUCAGUCAUGAGGAAAAACAAGAAUAUGACUUCUUCCUUUCAUCCAUCGUGGCUGUAAAGAACAACACGGAUUUCCCCCUCUAUGUGUUCAAAUCGGUACCGGGAAAUUCAAACCGGAGUGGCAUUUUUAAAGAAUACUUUCACAAGUACAAUACGGUGCCGUCCCCCCCACCAACGUACACGCUAAAAAUUGACAAAAAAAUUGAAAAGUUCAUCCAACAUAGUGUAGAAGAAAAUAACACCCUCAGUGAGGAGAGGACUAAAAAAAAAAAAAAAAAGACAAUUAACAGUACUGAUGUACGGAGCAGUUGGACACACACGAACGAGCAGAAUGGCCCCUACCAUCAAAGUGCAAAUAGCAAAGAGAAAGCCAUUAACUACAUUCAACAUAAGUCCUACUUAUAUGGAAGGAAGUGCAUUAAGAAUAUAUUCCCACUAAUGAAACUGUCCUCCGUGGAGCAUUACAUCUCGGGGGACAUCAAAUUCAGCUCCUUAGCACCUCUGAAAUAUAAGAGGAAGAAAAAAAAAAGAGGAAAAAAAAGCAAGCAGAAGCAUGAAUUGCAGAAGCGAUUUAUCAAAAAAAAGAUUAAAGAAAUAUACAUGAAGAGGGUUUUUAAAAAGACCAGACGUAAAAGGAUUAGCAAGUAUGAACAUGGUCUUCUCUCGCGCGAAAAGGUUGGGGACUUUUCCGGGCAAGCCAAUCCGUACAGAAAUAUUAUGUCCAUAAAUGACUCGUUUUUCAGUUUCGCCAAGAGGUCUUCCCGAGCUUCCUCCUCCGCCGCUUCGUCCUCUUCCUCUGCCGCUUCCUCAUCCUCCUCUUUGACGUCCCCCCCCCUGGGCAUAGCUAAAAAAACGGCGUCCACAUCGCUCAGCAUGACGGACCUCUCCAACAUCACCGUGUCGUCGCUCUCCAAUUCGAUCUUCUCCAUGGAAAGCACGCCAAGCAACAGUUCCGCGUAUGAAACCUCCUUGUACGAUUAUGAUAAGGACAAUUUUGAGGAGCAGGCACAGCUUAAUGAGUACUUUAAGAAGGAGCAAACGAAUGCGCAAGGCGGGUUGGAUCUCAUAAAAAUAGGGAGCAAUAGUAAUAAACUAAUCCCCAUACCGCUGUACUGGCUAGUUGCAGAAAAUGCAUUCAUAUGGCUCUCAAUACAGAAUGAAAAAAUACACCAACAGGAUUUAUAUGACUUUUUGAAUGACCCUCGGAAUGCAGAUUACAUGUGCGCAAAGGGGACGCUCGAUAAUAUGCUAAACUACCACUCUCCUUUCUUUGCAGACACAGCGAAGGUAUUCAAGCCGUCCAUAAUUAGGCUAAGAAAUCACCUGCUAAAAGAAAAUAACGUUUUAUCAAAAGAGGGGAAUAAAAAUAGGCAAAAUAUGUCCAGUACUUACAAUUUAAAUUACAUGAAUUUGAAGGAGGUCUACUUCACGUCCACCAUCGUCAGCGUGUACAAUCCCAAUUACGUUUUACAUAAGAAGGACGCUCAUAAUUUUUUCCAAAUAAGCAUCGAUCACGCCCUGAUGAUUAAUAAUGGGCUUCCUAGAACCAUGUGUCUCACCUAUGAGGUGUUCAAACCAAAGUCCUCUAAGAGUUUGAAAAAGAGCACUAGCACGUAUACCACUUUCCCAUCUGUGGAGCGCUCCAAUACGCAGAAGACCUCCGUUGGUAGUGAGCAGUCCCUUUCUGUGGGCGACUCCUACGUUAGAAGACCCGAUGAGAGUGCCUGCGACCGAUGCUGCCGCGGUGAGGAGUUCCCCUCGAGUGAGCAACUCCAUUCCAGUGAGCGACUCUCCCCAAGUGACGCCGAUCAAACGGCCCAAACGGAUGUGCAUAAUACAAGUCAAGAGCGCUGUAACAUGGAUGGUUUGCAGGAUGGCAAUGUAGACACCUCUCCAAUUGAGGUGGAGAGUUUUACUGAGCAAUACCCACAUGAUAAAGGCAGCAAAAGCGAGCAGAAGAGGGAAGACCCCAAAAGAAGCAUCCUCUUUUUUGAAAACCUGAAGGAGAAAAAAACGAACCUGACGCGAAUCACACACAGUGGAGAAAUGAUCCAGAUGAAGGACAAAGAAAUUUUGCUCAAAGAAGUUAAUAAUGAUAAAAAUGUGUUCAUAUAUAAAAAUAAAAAAAAGGAAAACAGCCAAAAUGGGGAAAAUGCAAACGGGAAAAUAUACAUGGAAGAAACCAAUUUCAUCGUUACUAUAAAAAAAGAAGGCAGUAAGAACAUACACGAAAUUAGGAUUAACCCGGGGCAAAGUAUAAAGCUGCCUUUCGUUCCUCACAAUAUAAACAUCUCCUUUGAUGGGUACAAUUCGAGGAGUAUAUCCAUUAACUACCCUCAUAAGAAGGGGCGGGAGAAAAUAAUCCUCGAGAAGGAGGCGAAUGACGACAUGGCGUCGUUCUUCUCGCUUGACUAUGCGGAGGAAGAGUUCCCCAACCAGGGGGCCACUGUGGGGAGCUCCCCCGAUGGGAGCAGCUCGAGCGGGGGCGACCUCGCCGAGGGUGCACUGCAGGUCGGUGGCGGCUCCCACCACAACGGUGCCUCUCACCACAACGGAGACUCUCACCGCAACGGCGCCGCAAACCACGGGAACUACUCCAGUCGGAGCCUGGCGGACGACCCCUCGCGGAGGGAGGACCUCUACACACACGCGCGCACGGUGGCCCUCGGCGAAAUAAAGGACUACGCAAAAUAUGCAGACCUGAACAACGUGAAGUGGAAGAAUGAGCCGCUCGAGCAGAAGCGAGAAAAUUAUAAAUCGUCCAAAUUUGAGGAGGGACAAAAACAGCUAACCAUAUGGGCCAUAUUCAACGAAUUCUACGAAACAGGCAAAAACAGAUACCAAGACAUCUCCUUGGAAAAAAUUCACCACGGAACAUAUUCCGUGUCAUGUACAUUUUUCGUCUCCGCUUGUGUAAUUAACCGAUUGAACUACCCCAUUACGUUAAAAAGGAUAAACAAUGAUAACAUGAUAGUGAUCGAGCCGUAUGUGCGGAAGUUACUGCCCUGCGAAUUUGCCAUGAGGAGGAACCGAGUGGUUAUAUCCUAUGAAACGCUCAAGGAGGUAAAAAACUGGGUCAACUACCCCCUAAAGAAAUUUAUGAUCAGAAGGAAGAAGCUGAAAAGGACCAGAAAUAUAAUCAAAAAGGGGAAUCGCAGAAUUGUUAGGAGGAGUAGUCACCUGCUGCAGAACAAACAAGUAAAAUCUGAAGAGAAAGACGCUUCCCCACAGGAGGGAGAACCACAGAACAGCGGUCACCCCGUCCAGAAUGACCACCCGGGGAAGGUCGAACCGGACAGUGUACACAUGAUAAGUAGGAGCACAUCGAAUCUGUUUUACCAAAUGAAAAGGACAAAAGGGAACUGCUUCUUCUACGGAAGUAAUAUUAACAAACCGCUAGAGUCUGAAGAUUUUAGGAUAACAGAUUUGUCCAUCACUAGACUGACUUGCUCAAACAAAAAUAAAAAUAUGCCUCAGUUGAAGUACAGCGUAUACAUGUCCAUCGCCCCCAUGCCAUUCUUUAGAACCACAGUUAUGGAGAUCCUACCCUACAUAGUUAUAAUAAACAACACCAAAAUGAAUAUUGUCUUUCAGGAGUAUAUUAAAAAUUACACCUACUUUAGGUACAGCGUUUUGGAGCCCGGGGCUUACGUGGAAUUUCACCCGCAGUCUAAGAAGAAAGCCAUGCUGAAAAUUUGCGGCAUUUUUGAAAACAGCUUCAACUACCUCAUUGAUGAUUAUUUGCAGAAGGAGCUCUACUUGGAAAAUUUGGAGAAGGAGAAUGAGAAUGAGAAUGAGAAGCUCUUGGGGGGGGGAAAGCAGGAGGACUGCGCAGGGGGGGAUGAUUCCAAAAGGAAAUGUGACUUCGCCGCUGAUUGUGAACCGCCUCCCAACUGCGAGUCGCCCGCCGAGCAGCGCCUCGCUGCUACCCCCCUGAAUGACAUCUCGCAGAAGCUGAGCGUCCUCGUGGACAUCGAGCGGGCCAACCACCACAUGCUCAAGCAGCAGUCGUCAUCCUCCAAAAGCACCUGCAGCAUAGGUGUGCGAAACUCCCUUGCGAAGGAAGACCCAGAGAGAGACAAUCCAAAUGAGACGAGGCCAAAUAACAUGGGGAAGAAAUACAGAAAAGUGGACGCUUUUAAAUUUCUCUACUGGUCGGAAGUGCUCGACCUGACCAGAGUGAGCAUGAUCUACUUCCGCCACCCAGUUGUAUCGAAUGAAAAUUUUAAGAAGGAAGAAAAGAAGCUUAGAAAACUAAAUCUUCUUUUGAAAAAGCAUGGCAAAAAUGAUGUUACUUAUUCGAGUAUUUCCAAAGAGCUACUCAAAACAAGUAGCAUACCUUAUGAGUACACCUGCUGCUCAAUGGAGAUCUCCACCUACAAGGGGUGCAAAUUUGUGCGCUUCCAAGACAUCGACGUGGUGCCAUUUUACCUCCUCAAUCUCACCAAAUACAACAUCAAGCUGAGGCAGCUGGGCAUAUAUGAGCACUCCGAGGUGUUGAGGAAGAUCCCGAAGAAGAAGAAAAAAUCCUUCGACGAAAUAUUCAAAAAUUAUGCAUUCAAUUUCUCGUUUUACAACCCCUACAAGGAGCCGAAGCUGAAGAUCGGCCUGCUUUCGUCCAGCAGGAAGGGCGAACGGGGGAAAAUGGAGAAGAAGGGGAGUAAAAGGGGUAGCAAGGGGGGUAGCAAAGUGGGAAACCAAAGUGGUAACCAAAGUGGUAGCCAAAUCGGCAUCCAGCAAGACAACCCCCGCUGCCCCCCCCGCGGCAACAACCUGCGAUACGCAAACACGCUGAAGAUUAACCUGAAGAACGAACUGAACUACCUCAGCCUGCUGGCCACCAACUACUUGAAGGACAACGAAUAUGCCAAAAUUAUUAACGACAAAAUUUUUCACUUGAAACGAUUUUCAGAACAAGUGGAAAACUUAAACGAUGGAAAUGUGAACGUCAUCGAUUUGGCUAACUCGACCAACGUCACUUUGUUAAAAUUGAGACAGGGGGAUGCCUUCGUGUACAUUCUUUGCUCUAAGAAGACCUAUAACGGGAAGACCAUUUUCUCGUUCGAGAAUUACGACGAUAUUAUAAGCAACGUUUUGAAUUUUAGAAAUGCAUCCCUCAGCCGUAAGCACAAUUACAAGCUGCUCAAGUCCUUACACGUCUUCAGCAACAAGAUAAAGAAUGUCUACUUUAGGGGGAGGAACAAGAAGCAGGGCAAGCGCAAGAGGAGCCGCAAGGUUGGGAAGGACUCCCUCGGGGAGCAGCACUCUCCAACUGGAGAGUACACCCCCAACGAGCAGCAGGCACAUGGGGGACCUGAUCUGGGCAGCCCCCAAAAUAGAGCACAUCUGAAGAAACGGGAAAAGACAAACCGGUGGCACUUGCUGAAUCUGUUUAGGAAAAGAAGCACCACACGUUCUGUUGAAAAGGGGCCGAGGGUAACCCACCUUAUUAGAGAUUUGUAUGAAAAAAAAAUGAUCAACAGGGAGGAAAAAAAAAAAGAUACUUUAAAUUUAAACAUAUUUGCACAUUUCAUUUUUAAGGGAGUAGGGUUAAGUAUCAAUAAUCACAACUUAGAAGAAAUCCUCUACUUCUCCAUGGAGUACAUUUUAGUCGUAUACAAACAGGUGAGUGAUAAAGAUCUUUUUCACCUGAACAUAGGGUGGCUUCAAAUAGACAAUCACACGAAGAAUACCGAUUAUAAGAAUGUGCUGCUGCCAAUUAUAGAUUUGAAGAAGAGUCAUGAAGUAGACAAUUCAACACAGGAGCAGCACGACCAGAGUGCCUUCCUCCCUAGUGGAGGAAGUACCUUAGAGGGGAAGACACCCACAGAGGAUAGGACCACCCUUUACCGCUCCAAGAGGGGCAAAUCAAGUGACAUCUUCACCCAUCACCUUAAGGACCAAAAUGAGUUGUGCAAAACGAAUUCUAGGAAUAUGUUAAGUCCGAUGGGAAUUACAAAAAAUAAAUCUUGCGAAGAUUACUCCUAUUUCGAGAAAGACAAUUUGCUAAUCAGUCCAAACACGAAUAACCCCUUGUCUAAUUCUUACAAAAUGUUUAUCCCCUCCUUUUUCUACGCACAACAUAAUUCCGUUUUGGACGUAACUAUAGUGAAGCAGAAGAGAGGAAACAUGAAGAACUUCCUCGAGCUGUCAGAUGUAAAUAUUAAGCUCUCCCCCCUGAGCCUAAAUGUGGACUCCUAUUUUAUCAUCGAAAUUUUGAAGAUCUUGGACGAACUGUUAAAAAUCUUAGAUUUCGAUUUGACCAAUUAUAAUUCGCUCAACUUGGAGAAAAACAUCGAAUUGAGGGAUGCCGAUUAUGACAGCCUGGAGUACAAGCAGAACAUGGGCCCGGUGGAGGAGCUCAUCAAGCACUACAUUCUGAAGGACUACCACUUGUACGAACAAAUAGCCAACUUCAAGUUUAGCGCCAUGCGGAAUGGGAAGCAGGAGGGGCAGCCGGGGGAGCACCAGAAGCAGCAGAAGCAGCAGAAGGAACGGACGAAGAAGCAGAGCGGAACGGGGAAGGGGAGCCGCGGCGAAACGGCGAGCAGCAACAUUUUCCACGCCAACACGUUUUGCAACAAAUCGGACAACGAGGUGCCCGACGUGAGGGCCUACAUCAGCAUGAUAAAUGAGUACAAAAAUUGGGGGCGCCCCGGAGGUAAGGCAGCCACGGGAGGUGGCGACCGGGAUGGGCAGGCUGAGCGGGGCCACCCCGCGGGGAACUCCGCAGAAAAAGCAGCAGGGAACAGCGCGGCUAAUUUGUCGGGCAACUGGGCGGCUAAUUUGUCGGGCAACUGGGCGGCUAAUUUGUCGGGCAACUGGGCGGCUAAUUUAUCGGGCAACUGGGCGGCUAAUUUAUCGGGCAACUGGGCGGCUAAUUUAUCGGGCAACUGGGCAGCUACUUCAUCAGGCAACCGCUCAGUUGGGGGGAAGGCCCGCCGUGAGUAUGCUCCCCCCCAGGGGGCAGAACGAACGCCAACCCAGGUUGCCACCCUAAAUGAUGAGAAACGAAGAAACCUCAGGAGGGACUACAACUCGGAGAUGUUCAACGAAAAAAGACUCAAGUACCUGCACACCUGCGAGAAGUAUUACAAAAAUUUGCUCAACAAUAGGAAGCGCAUCUUGAAGAAGAUCCAAAAUAUUAAUCUGAAAAAUAACCUAAUCAGUUUCGACAAAAUAUUUAUCUCCAAAUUAGAAAUAAACGAAAUUAAAUUAAUCAUUAACAUAAAGAAUAGAAGUCUAAGCUACGAUAAGAAAAGUGAAAUAAUGGAGUCCAACGUGAUGAACGCUUUGGUUGUCCUCAUAAUGAACAUUCCCAAUAUAAGUGAUGCACAUUUACACUUCGAAAAGGAGGUUAAAAAAAACAUGUGCGGUUCGUUAUACGUAUUAAUAUUUAACGAAAUAAUGAAUGACUAUAUAAACCCUGGGAUGAACCAAAUGUUUAAUGUUCUAGGGGCUGUAGAUUUUAUAGGAAAUCCUUUAAUAAUUUAUAAGCAUUGGAAAAAGGGCUACAAUACCUUCAUUAAGGAUUUAAGAAAAAGCUUAGAUUCUUGUUCUUUUCCUUUCCUAUUUUGUAUUUUACUUCUUAACAUUUUGGGGCGAUUUGGAAAGAGCUUACUAUCAGGGAUGCUCGAAGGGGUCAGUAGACUGUGUGGAAGUUGGAGCACCUGCUUCGAACGAUUUUCUAGAAAUGCAGAUAAUUUCAGCAUCGUCACAAAUAGCAAUGUUUUGCAAAAUGAAAUUCUAGACCAACCAUCCAACUGCGCGGAGGGCAUAUGCUACGGGUGCCAGUCCUUUGUAAACAUCCUCACCAUCAGCUGCGUCAAUACCAUUUAUAAACCAUUCAUGGCCAUCAAAAAGAUUAAAGGCUUUCGAAAAAAGGAAAAAGACAAAUGCAAGAUAUUCCUUUCAGUGGCAAAACUUAUGCUCUAUGGUUUGUUCAGCGGGUUUAGCAGCCUAUUCUUCGGAUUAUUCAACAGCAUCCUCUCCUUUUUCACCUUUUUGUUUAUUGGCACAUUAAAUCAAAUACAAACGGUAACUAUGAAAUCGGUCGUCAGGCCAAAAAAAAUGAGCGUCAUUAAGGAGUACGCCAAAUUUGUCAACUACGAGUACCCCCUCUCCUUCUCUAAUCAUAUCAUUAAUGAAAAAAAAAAAAAAAAAGAAUUUCUGAAAAAAAACAUUGUAGCUGUCAUUCCGUUAUACUCCUUCAAAGACAACAGCGCUAGCAGCAUAAAAAGCUUCCUCUGGGUUAACAACAAAGAAGUGGGUUACUGCCAGAAGGAUAAAUUGCUCUGGUCCCUCUUCACCAACUGCAUCAUCAAAGUGGACAUUCUGCUAAUCCAGGUGGACCAUGGCCAGGGGAAGAAAAAGCUUUCCUUAUUGAGUAGAAAUAAAAACAAAAUAAAAAGCAAGCAGUCGAAUUUUAGCGCAGGGGCUAAGGAAGAUGAUGACCAGCCAGUUCAAUCCAAGUGGAACUUUCACACAUUUUUCUAUCCGCAAAAGUACAGACAGCUGGGAGACUUCAAACCGUCUUACUACAUCAGGAUACUCUACCGAUCUGUGUAUAAGGUGAAGAGAUCCCACCGCAAACACAAGUUCAGGAGCUUCUCCUUCCGGAAAAAGGACGACUCCAACUACAGGCUGAAGCAGAUUAUGCGGAAAAACACCUACGAGAGGUACUUCAAGAAGCAGUUCAGGGAUGAGCAGCUGCCCUACCACGACGCGGACCAGAGCGACAGCCCGAGGGAGGGAGGCCAACAUGACCGACAUAAUGGUCACCACGGAGAUCGCCACCAUAGGGAUCACCACCACGGAGAUCAACACACAAACAAUCACCAUCGCGCUGAUAACCACCGCUCCCAUAACCACCGCGCCGAUAACCACUGUGACCAUGGCAGACGCGCCUCGCCCGCCGAACUGUGCAAGGCGCACCACAAAGCGAACAACUACUACACCAAAAAAGGGGCCAAUAGACGAAGUGACGGAGAGGAAGACCCACUACACGAUGGAGAUAAUUGCCGCGCGAGGGAAAAGAACUACCCAAGUAGUCGUCCAAGCGGUCGCCUAAGCGGUCGUCCAAGCAACCGCGCGGGAAAGGGACAAAAGCUGGGCGAUCACCCCCUCCCAAGGGGUGAACAAAAGAACAGAUUAAAGAAAAAAGAUUUCCAUCCAUGCCAACAUAAUGAUGUGCACAUUGGUGAAGACUCCAGAAACAUCAACAAAUUGAAACAUAAGAAAAAACACGCAAGGAAACAUCAUACACAUAAAAGAAAAAAAUUUUUAUAUAUUUCAAAAUUGGUUAAGUGCGAAUCGAAGGAAGUUGCCCUGCACGCCUUUUCCCUCCUCCUAUCCUUUUUGGUGCAUAAAUCCCCGUACUACUUAAAAACUGCCAAUUAG